CGAUUUCCUUCACACAUUUGGUCAUGCCAUCAAUGCCCCCCUCUCUCUCUCUCUCUCUCCCCUAUCAGCUCUCUCUUUCAUCUCUCUCUUACUCUCUUAUCAAUGCCCUUCUCACUUUCAUCUCUCUCUCACUGUCCCUCACUCUCCUAUCAGCUCUCUUUUUCCACAAAUUUCAUCGAUUUGGUUCGGACGAUCACUCUUUCCUUUACAGAAUCACCACAAAUCCGUUUUAGACUUUUAGCUCUGCAUCUCCUGUAAGUUCUCUUUCAUCUCUGCAAUUGAUCUUCUAUCAUUUGACUGGCUAAUCCCAUAAUGUUUGUUUGGAUGGAAGUGAGGGAAAAACGCAAAUGAGAUAUCUAUGGAAUAGAUUGUUGUUUUUCUCUUUUUAUUUGGUUGGGUAGAAGAAAAGAGAAUAAGAUAGGUUUGAUACGAGAUAAGAGAAGAGGAAGUGCUAAUUAUAAGAAGAUUUUGUAAUUUAAAAACACUUAUUAUAGCAUUGUUUUUCUUCAUUUGAGUAAUUUGUUAAUAUUUGAAAAGAAGAAAAUUUGUAAAAGAGGAAGGAUGACUCAUCCAUCAUCUUUUCUCUUGUCUCAUCUCUAUGUCAAAAGAAAGAAGUUUGUUUCUUCUUUCAUAUUUUUCCUCCACCAUUCUUUCUUUCUUCCCGCCAAAGGGACAUUUUAUUUUAUUUAUUUAGCUGCGAUUUUGACAUUAGGACAUUUUACUUUUUUUGUAACAAUCAUGUUCCCAUUUAUUAAGGUUAAAUAGGAAUUAAUUAAUAAUUUGUAAACUUAGCAAAGAUGGAAAAUUACAAUAAUGAAAUAUGAUUUAAAGGAAAAUUAAGUAUGUGGUCCGCAACUUAAGCCGAUGAACAUCAUGACAUAAUUUUUUUUUGGGUUACUGUAUUUUGUUCUUUUUUGGUUAUAAAAAGGAAAACUUAGUCUGUCUGUGUGACUGUUUAUAUAUAACUUGUAGAGAAAGAUAAAUAUAUAUAUAUCCUUGCAGGCAUUGUUAUAAUCGAGCUAGGAUCAGUGACAGAUUUAGAAAAUUUUGUGAGGGGGCGGCUUUUUAAUUUGUGGGGGCAAACUUAUAUAGUAGGCUCAUUUUUGUAAUUUCAAUGAGUUUUUCUUUAUAAAUUUUUAAAAAUUUGAAAUAUAAAAUGCCAAAAAAAAAAAAAAAAAAAAAAAAAUUAAGGAAGGACGAAUUGUAAUUUUAGUAGGGGCAUAUUCAUAAAAUUUUUUUAAAAAUAAAGUGUAAAAUAAAAAUAUAAAAAAUCUAGUGGGGGCUGUCCUUGCCUGGCUAGGAUCGCCUCUAAAUUGGGUAAGCUGGUUUACAAUUAAUAAAAUCAUAUAUAUUCAUACCCAUAUUGGCAUUAGCUUCAACCAAAACACAUUGUUUAUUUGAGUUCAUGCUCUCUAUCUACUAUAUUCCUACUGUAAUAUCGUUCUAUAUAUGCUGGCAGUGGUUUUUUUUUAUAGUACUCAGUGUUCCAAAUUGAAGAUUGACGACAACAAUGACGAGUUUAAACAAUCAAAAUCAGGGAGUCCAACAAUCUUCACCUUCUAUUUUUAAUGGAAAAAACUAUGAUUUUUGGCAUGUAAAGAUGAAAACUAUUUUUAUUUCAUAUGAUCUUUGGGAGUAUGUUAAAGAUGGAUAUGAUGUACCGGAGGAAACGCCUACUUUGACAAAUGAUCAAAAACAACAAUUGAAGAAUCAUAGGACGAAAGAUGCAAAGGCUUUAGCUUUGAUUCAAGAAGGGGUUGCUGAUAUAAUUUUUCCAAGCAUCAUCAAUGCAUCUAAAGCAAAGGAGGCAUGGGACAUUCUUGAGAAGGAGUACAGAGGCAGCAUGAACGUCAGAAUGGCGGUUCCUGUGGAGGAGUCAAACAUAAGUAGCGACGAAGAGUGGCUUAAUUCCAUAAUAAAUGUAGCUGAAGAUGCGAAUGCAAAAGGUUCCUUAGAUGCAAUUAGCACACCAAGUAGUGGAUCUGCAGCUGAUCAAAAUGGUGAAAAGCUGCCCGCGCCAAGGAUCCACAAGGUUCCUGAGGUGCUGCAAGAAAGGAAAGAGUUUGAGAAAUACUAUGUGCCGAGGGUUGUUUCCAUUGGUCCUUGCCACUACCACAACGAGAAGCUCCAUCAAAUGAACAAGUUGAAGCCUAUAUUUGCAAGGGAGCUCGUCUCAAAUGACAGGAAGACUUUUGAAGGCUUGUACAACAAGCUUUCCGCGAUAAUCAAACAAGUGAGGGACUGCUACGAUGAUGAGAUGGUUAAUUCAACAAAUGGUACUUUUACCGAUAAGGAGUUCACACGGAUGAUGCUUCUUGAUGGCUGCUUUAUAUUGUAUUUCAUUCAACAUUAUUCGUUUGGAUUUAAAGAGGAGAUUGAUCACCUGAAAGCUUACCAGAUCUCAUUUAUCGAACUGGACUUCUUGUUGCUAGAAAACCAGCUGCCUUUCAUUGUUCUCAAGGAGUUGAUGAUGAUGAUCACGGAUACACGUUAUUGGGUGAAUCAUGUGAUAAGCUUCAUUGAACACAUAAAUGUUAUGGUGGCACGUAGAACACAUUGCUUUUUUAUUCGUGAAUUUAUAUUUGGAAGUUAUUUUCGGGAUGUUAUUAUUAAUGAACCCCCUGCGCAUCUUCUUGAGCUUCUGCACAAAAGAAUGGUAGGCACCGGAAGUAGAAGUGGUGAUGAACGUCUUCAAAGCAGUUAUUAUGCUGAGGCGGCCAAUUCGUACACGGUCCGGAAUGUGAUGGAGCUCAAAGCAGCGGGCAUCGAAGUGAAGCUUUCAAAGACUAGUUGCUUGACGGACAUUCAUUAUAGAUCUCUCAGCCUUUCUGGCCGCCUAAGGCUUCCUCCAAUAACAGUUGACGACACAACAAGGCCAAAGUUGAUGAAUUUAAUAGCCUACGAAAUGUACUGCCCACGUGCCUCGGGUGAUAAAUGGGUGACUUCUUAUGUAUGCUUUCUGGAUUCGUUUAUUGAUCACGCUGACGAUGUUAGGAAGCUGCGUUCAGCCAAAAUACUCCGCAACCGCCUUGGCAGCGACGAGCAAGUGGCUAAACUCUUCAAUGAGAUAGGCAAGGACUUGGUGCCCCAUCCUUCUGCUUAUCGUCAAGUCAAGCAAGGCAUUCAGGACCACUACGACAACAAAGUGUUGAAUUAUAUGGCUCAAUUAAAGCACCAGCAUUUGAAGAACCCGUGGACCAUCAUCGCCCUCAUCGCCGGAAUUCUACUUCUUUUUCUUACUGGGGUUCUAAACCUAUUUCCAAGUCUGGUCUCCUCCCACUCAAUGUGACCAUCUUUGCAAGUAUAUCAAAACAAAUCACCACAUAUGAAUAGGUGUGUAUAUCAUGGUGGGUCACGGCAGAUCUCGAUGCAUGUAUCUUGUUAUUUCCUGUAAUUCGAAUUUGUUGCAUGCGUGUGUCUAAAGUGAUCCUGCAGAUUGGAUUUGUAUUGAAUCUUAUUUUCCUUGAUUUCCAGUGUUUAUAUAUGUGUGUGUGUCAAAGCUAGCUAGGUAUUAGGCAUGUGAUCUAGUACUGUUUGCUUAUUUAAAGUCUUGUUUGUACGUGUAUGCGUGCCUCAUUCGUGAGUGAAUUGAAUUUAGUUACUUUGUAACUCUCUGACUAUUUUCUUUCUUAA